AUGCACCUCUCUUGCCUUCUUGCGCUCCUGGGAGCCACAGGGUUCACCUUCGCCCUUCCUGUCUCCAGCAACCUUGACCAGCUUGAGUCGUCCCCUCAGGAUCUGGACAAGAGAUUCUACUAUACCCACUAUGUUGCCCCGGAAAAGCGUGAUGAGGAAGCACUCGACAAGCGCUUUUUUUACCUUUACGACACUGCCCCGGAGAAGCAGAAGCGUGAUGAGGAGGCACUCGACAAGCGCUUCUUCUACACUGCCUAUCAGGGCGCCGAGAAACGCGAUGGGGAAGCCGCUGACAACGAGAACUAG